UGCAAUUUUAAAAUACUCAUCAAAGCUAUGAUAGUGUUGAAAAAUGGUCGCAGCUUCUAUACAUAUUGGAGAAAAGUCAGUGUAAAUUAAACAAACGCGACAGCAAAAAGGAUGGAAGCUCCUUUAUGAUUUUCUGCACCUUGCGGCUCGGAGCUUCUGUAAUUUUCACGCCACGUUCCUUGGAAAUACAGUAGUUGCCAAGGCUUGUGCCACAGCGACCUCUUCCGUCUACCAACGGAGUCAUUGUGCACGCAUUCGGCUUUCGAUUGGUCCGGCCUAUUACGCGAUCGUAUCUAAUCCGUUCAUUCGGCACUCGACAGCAUGGCAGCGCAGGGGGAGUUGCAAGUUUUGGAGCCCUUUCCUUCGCAGCAUCAUCCACUGAACGUUCUCCUCUUGCAGUCACAGGCCAGACAAAUCCUGGCAUGCUCGGGCGAUACGACGUGCGUAGUGCUGUCCGCUCGAAGUCGCCAGGCUGCCGACAGGCGGGUGUUGUUCUUGUGUGCUCAUUUGAGCUCCGAGGAAGACUUGCCCGAUAGCCAAGUGCAGCUCCACGGGGAUACGCUUCUCAAGGUGUACACCAGCAGGCUCUUCUACAGACACUAUGGGUUUCAGUCACGAGAGAGAGUGGAGGUGCGGUUGGUUCAGCCCCUUGCUCUCAGCAAGGUGGUCCUGGGAGCGCGCAGCAGGCAGUGUCUCAAGUGGGCGUCCUCCGAGAAGUUUGCCAACGGACUUCUCAUUUUGGCGUCGUGUCAGAAGCAGAGCCUCUUGGCCCGACAAGGAGAUGUACUGGCUGUCCCUUACCAUCCGCUCUUUGGAGAGGAUGUCGCGCAGGUGCAUCACCACCUUUUGGACCUGGUGGUUUUGGAGAGCGUACCUGUGCAGCAGGGAGUCAUCACGGUCAAAACGAGCGUUGUGGUGGCGGACUUCAGGGAAGUAAGCGUGGGGGCGGCGAACCACGAUGGCCAGCACCAUGGCCAGAGACUACUGCAAUCGCUCUAUGUGUCGGACUUCGCCCACUAUGUCAAUAGUCUUGCCAGCGGUGGGUCGCUGCUGGACAGUCGGAGACACUUGAAUUGGAGUUUCUCCAGUUUCCUUCAAGCGCUCGAGUGCAGGUUUGAGGUGCGGGUAGCAGAUGUGGAUUCCCUUUUGGUGCUGGGCAAAAUAAAACCGAAGGACCAGCGGGAGACACCCAAAGAUCCCGAUGCUUGCUUGUUCGUUAGCAAAAGUUCGCUACUUAAGCUGGGAUUGUUUAAUAACGAAUGGGUGACAGUGUCAAUGCUUUCGGAGAAGGUCAAGAUGUCCAGUAAGAGUGAACGCCUGCGUGAUCUCGAAAGGUCGGACGACAAAGGGGAGUGCGAGGAGGCUGGGAGGAGCCGAAGUGGACACCUGGCUUUGCUAGUCGUGGCAGAGUUCACGGACCUGCCUGAUAGUGUCGGCCUCGUAUCCCCCUCACUGUGGUUCAAUCUUUCAAAGGGUGCCCCUGUGCCUAUCACCAACAAAGUGGUUAAAAUCAAGAGAUGUUAUGAACACCAGUUGCAUACAGCAAAACAGGAAAAGGAAAGUAGAUCAUGUACUUCUGCUCCAUCCGUGGCAAAAGAACUAUAUGUUGAAAUUAUUACAUCACCAACUUACAGCACUACUGCAAUUUUUGAUAAUAUUCUUUAUGAAUAUUUCCGUACGCCAAGGCUGGUCCAGCAAGGAGAUGUUUUACGUGUGAACACUGAAGGACAAGCAGAAUACCUGGAAGGCCUAACAACUGGUUUUAUGAGGUGGCCUGUGUUAUAUUUUAAGGUGAAGAAAGUACAUGGCCAUAAUGAAGACGUAAGACCAAAUUCUUGGGGCUAUUUGGCAGACACAACACACACCUCCUUGUAUUUGAUUGGCACUGCAAGCAGCUAUGUUCCAUGUUCUUUCAUGGGAAGUGAACCAACAUUCUGGAAUAAUCUAUCACCUCCUGGACUUACACACUCCAUUGAGCAGCUGAUCUCAACUAUACAGCCUUACACAGCUGAAGGUUCCACAGCUUCAUUGGACAGACCAUGUACUGUUUUAUUAAAAGGGCAUUGCGGAAGUGGAAAGACUACAGCAGUGAAGGCUGCUUGCAGCAGGCUUAAUCUUCACCUUCUGAAGAUUGAUUGUGUCACCCUUAGUGCUGAAACAACAGCAGCUUCAGUUGUGAAGUUACAGUCUGCCUUUAACCAGGCAGAUCUUCACAAGCCCUGUGUCAUCCUUCUUAGAAAUUUACAGCUAUUGGGAAGACACCGUGAUGGACGCAGUGAGGACUCUAGGGUCACCUCAGUUCUAAAGCAACUGCUUACAGAUUCACCCAAGCAAAACAGCUUCCCUGUUGUGGUAGUUGGCACCGUUUCAAAGCCUGAAGAGCUCUUCCCUGAUGUAAUUAUGUCAUUUGUCCAUGACGUGGCAAUAGAGAGCCCAAGUGAAGAGCAAAGAAAAGCAACGUUGAUGAGUCUUACUGCAGGCAUGCCCCUUGGAAAAGAUGUCAGCCUCUGCAAGAUUGCUAAGCAGACAGCAGGUUUUUUCCUGGGGGAUCUUUGUGCCUUGCUUGCCUAUUCAAGUAAAACUGCCUAUAAAAGAGUAUUCAGUGCUUGUUUUCCUUGUGGAACAAGUUUAGAAGAGGAGCAAAUGUUAUGCGACAGUGGAAUCACCAUUAUAGCUGAGGAUUUUUUGAAAUCGUUGGAACAAUUGAAUAAAGUUCAUUCAAAAGCAAUUGGAGCACCAAAGAUUCCUGCUGUCAAAUGGCAUGACAUAGGAGGCCUUCAUUCUGUUAAAAAAGAGAUUUUGGAUACUGUUCAGCUGCCUGUGGAUCACCCUGAGCUUGUGUCUCUAGGCCUGAGGCGUUCUGGUUUGUUGCUCUAUGGACCACCUGGAACAGGGAAAACCCUGCUAGCUAAAGCAGUUGCCACAGAGUGUGCCAUGACGUUCCUUAGCGUAAAAGGACCAGAGCUCAUUAACAUGUAUGUAGGACAGAGUGAAGAAAAUAUUAGAGAUGUCUUUGCCAAAGCUAGGGCUGCAUCUCCCUGUAUUAUUUUCUUUGAUGAGCUGGACUCAUUGGCACCAAAUAGAGGAAGGAGUGGAGACUCUGGUGGAGUAAUGGACAGGGUUGUGUCACAGCUUCUAGCAGAGUUAGAUGGGCUUCACUCUUCUGCAGAUGUGUUUGUGAUUGGAGCCACCAAUCGGCCUGAUCUUUUAGAUCAGUCACUUCUCAGACCAGGCAGAUUUGAUAAAUUGUUGUACGUCGGCAUCAAUGAAGAUAAGGAGUCCCAGUUGCAAGUACUGAAGGCGAUUUCCAGCCGAUUCAAGAUGGACCCAAGUGUUUGCCUUCAUGAUGUUAUUGAAAGAUGCCCUCCUCAGCUAACAGGAGCAGAUCUGUAUGCUUUAUGCUCCGAUGCCAUGAUGUCAGCCUUAAAGCAGAAGAUCAAAAGGAUAGAAGAAGGUUUAGAAACAGAAGAGUCUGAUCUCGUACUAAGGAGGGAAGAUUUCCAGAAUGCAUUAGAGAAACUACAGCCAUCUGUAUCUGAGCAGGAGCUGCUGAAAUACAAGCUCAUCCAACAGAAAUUCACAGCAAAUUAACAAAAGUCCUCAUGGAUUUCAGAAGAUUGUGCUUGUCAAAGUGAACACAAGACUGGAUAUUCUAUCUUAAGUGCCAAGACUGCAAAAAAUAAAUUGGAUUACAAGUAAGGUGUGAUUAGACCAGUGUACAGUAGCUCUGCAUGAACCAAACUAUUUUCAUACAGAACAUGUAUGCGUGUGGUUGUGUGUGAAUGUUUAAGCAAAUGAGCAGCUUGAUUAAGUGGAUAUAAUCCUAUUAUGUACCUCACUAGCUUUAGUUCUUCUCAUUUCACACCUAUAAAUUGCUUCAGAACACAAUUACUGCACAGAAAAAAAUGUUCAGUAAUACAGUUUUUUUUUUCUCUUUAGGAAGUGCAUUUUGGCAUAAAAUACAAAGAGAGGCAAAAAAAAACACCCUACUGUAACAUUUGCUUGCAUUAAUAACAAGAAACCUUGUUACAUAGUGUACACAGCAAGACACACCGGGCAUUCACGCGCCGUCCACCAGUAUUGUAAGGACAGUCCGUUGACAGCAUUGUGGUUUGCUUUGGAUUCAGGAGGUCAGACAGUUGGACUUUUUACAGACCAGGCAGAAUCUCAGGAUUUCACUUGAACAACGCUGUUUUUUUCCCAAGAAUGUAUUCAUCUGCUUUACAGAGUACGUUUUUGCUACACAGAUAGAUUAUGCUGGGUAGCCAGAAUGAAAGAGCAUGUCUGUCAGCAAGUAGAAAUUGUAUUCAAAUAAGGAACUUUCCUAUUUUGUGAAAGGAUUACAUUUACAAUUAAAAUAAUGAAUCUCUCAGCUAAAUGUAUAUAAUUUAAAAUCAAAUCCAAAGUAAUAAACCCUAAGAAAUGUAUAUUUUGUGUUACUGUACAAAUAAUAGUGUAAUUUGUGGGAAAAUGCUGAUUUGUAAACAUUUCCAUUUUUUAAUUCAAAUAAAUGUCAUAUUUCCAGUGUUUUCCUCAUUGUCUGUGAAA